CUUCCGCUUGACCGUCCCCGGAGCUGCACCGACUGUUUUGCCCCACGCGAUAACUAUACACUUCAUUCAUCUCACCUUGCGCCCUGCGUACGGAGACGUACAAGCCGACUUUAUACAGUUGAGGAAGCUCCAGUUGUCGCAAGCAUGUCCAACACGGUCGUGGGCUCUGUCUACCAGCAGAUCAUCGAAAAGGUGAUUGCUGCAUCGCAGAACGAUUUCGAAGAGUUCGGCGUGGAUGCUGGAACGCUCGACGAGCUGAAGAAUGUAUGGCAAGAUAAGCUCUCGUCUCUCAAAGUAGCUUCGUUUCCAUGGGAUCCUCAGCCCCAGCCCCAGCCGCCUGCGAGCCAACCUCAGGUUGUCCCGUCCAACGUCAAGACGGAGCCUGACUUGAUGCCUCCGGUUUCUGCACCAAUGGAACAGCAUGGCCAUGUAAAUUUCCCCAAUGUGCCUAUCAAGACGGAGCAGGGUUAUAAUCCCCCUGUGCCUUCAUAUGGUCAGAAUUCGAGUUACACUUCUAGCUACAACGAAGCUGUUGCCCAGCAGCGAGCUCAAGCCUUGGUCGCGCAGCGUGUUCAAAACAUGCCACCGCAACAUCAGCCAAACCCUCAACAACCUCAGCAGCAUGGCCAGGUUCACGGGGGACAGGUUCCGGGCCAGCAACAGCGCAUGAUGCCUGGUCAGCCACAACAGCAGCAGCAACAGCAGCAGCGUCAACCGCCACCCUCUAUGCAACAGCGCCCACCGCAGAAUCCUGUAUACCCGUCGCAGACAGACGGUCCCGGGGAUGCGAAUGAGGACUGGAAUGCUCUAAUUGCAGCCAGAGCUGCCGAAGGUGAAGAGGGGCGUAUUGCCGCAGACCAAUUCAUGCGCGCUCGCGUGGAUGCUCUUGCUGCCCGCCAGGAUAGUGGACUCAUGAUGCCUCUCAGCGAUAUGCCAAAAGGUAGAAAGCGCAAGGCUGCAACUCGUGUUCUGCAAGCCGAAGAUGCUGAAAAAGCUUCUUCGAGCGUCUCGGCAUCUGCCCCAGCUCGCUACGAUGGCGAUGAUGAAGACGAAAAGGAGAACGACUCGGACGCUAUCAAUUCCGAUCUUGACGAUCCGGAAGACGAUGCUAUCAAUGGUGAGGACAGCGACGAUGAGACCAUGGACUACAUGCUUUGCACUUAUGACAAGGUGCAACGCGUCAAGAACAAGUGGAAGUGCACGCUCAAGGACGGCAUCUUGACCACGAACAAGCGAGAAUACUUGUUCCACAAGGCCACGGGCGAAUUUGAGUGGUAG